CAUCUUUGUAGUGAAUUUCCAUUUUCCUUCAACUAUUUUCUCAGUCUUUCCUUUAAGACAGGUAAACCUUUUUGCAUAUUCAAAAUCCUCCUAGAAUACGUAGUUCUGCAGGUUUACUAUCUGUUGCAGCAACCACCACUUUUGUCUGGUAUGAAUCCCAUGAUCUUUGCUUAAUAAUUCUAGCUCAUCUAUUGCCCCAUCCCACAGCAGCAGCAUCUUGCUAUUGUGUGGUUUUGGAGCAGUGUGCAGGACAGGCUCUCAUUUUGGCAAAGUAUGCCUAACAGAGAUAGCAUUAUCCAGUGCAGAAUAGUAAGGCCCAUGAACCUUGUGCUUUCUUCCGAAGUGGUUUUCUGGAAAGAUCUCCUGCAUCUGUUUAUCUCAGUUUCAAACCUGUUAAAUCAAAAGAUUUUGUUACCUUAAGACAGACUUAUGAGGAGCACUUUACAUUAUAAGCAAUAACCUGUGCAUUCUGUUUCCAGGGUGAAAUUCUUGACCAUAGCCUAGAGACACACAGACAUGCCUGAGCUUAGACACACAAAGAAACCCAAGAAGACCAGCAGGGCUGGUAAUGCAUUUGUGGUGAGCCUGGCUUUGGCUGAUCUGGUGGUGGCCUUGUAUCCAUACCCACUGGUGCUCUUAGCUAUUUUCCACAAUGGAUGGACUUUGGGUGAAAUGCACUGUAAAGUGAGUGGCUUUGUGAUGGGACUAAGUGUAAUAGGCUCUAUUUUCAACAUCACUGCAAUUGCAAUAAACCGAUAUUGCUACAUAUGUCAUAGCUUUGCCUAUGACAAAGUGUAUAGCUGUUGGAACACAAUGCUCUAUGUCUCCUUAAUCUGGGUAUUAACAGUAAUUGCGACUGUGCCAAAUUUUUUUGUUGGCUCCUUGAAGUAUGAUCCACGCGUCUACUCAUGCACGUUUGUUCAGACUGCAAGUUCCUACUAUACAAUUGCAGUUGUGGUAAUUCAUUUCAUCGUCCCUAUUACUGUUGUGAGCUUCUGCUACCUUCGAAUUUGGGUCUUAGUGCUUCAAGUUAGAAGACGAGUCAAGUCAGAAACAAAGCCAAGACUGAAACCAAGUGACUUCAGAAACUUUCUUACCAUGUUUGUGGUAUUUGUACUGUUUGCAGUCUGCUGGGCUCCUUUGAACUUCAUUGGCCUUGCUGUAGCCAUCAAUCCUUCAGAAAUGGCACCAAAAGUUCCUGAAUGGUUAUUCAUUAUAAGCUACUUCAUGGCCUAUUUCAACAGCUGCCUUAAUGCAAUAAUAUAUGGACUUCUUAACCAGAACUUUCGGAAUGAAUACAAACGUAUUUUAAUGUCACUGUGGAUGCCAAGGCUUUUCUUCCAGGACACAUCCAAAGGAGGAACUGAUGGACAGAAGAGCAAGCCUUCUCCUGCUUUAAACAACAAUGACCAAAUGAAAACUGAUACCUUGUAAAGUGCUGAUGGUUAAUGCAAAAGUCUGUCACAGAGAGCUCCAAUGAUAGAGUUGCAAUGUUCUCUAGUCGCUCUUGUUUACUCUGGGGGACCUUCCACUUGGAUGGUACUUUGUGACUGGAAUACUGUCUUCUUGGUAAAGCACAUUGCUCGCAAUUCAUUAUUUAUACAAGAUAUCAGUUGAAAAAAAACAUUUCAAAAUUAAAGCAGCAGAUGAGUGCAAACUAUUUUGUUUUUGAGAGUUGAAUUCUAGUUCAAGGCAUGUGAGGCAAGUUUUUAUUCCACUAGGAACCUGGCAUGCUUUAUCCAAGGUCAGGAUUCAGUUCUCAAAAGGUGCAGUGAAGGUACGUGCUUAUGGGCACAGCAGCUCAUCAAGGCUGCAGAGUGAUAUUUUAUGUUCAAUGAUACAGAGCCAAAAUCUUGUCAGUGGUGUCCAGUGCCAGGACAAGAGGCAGUGGGCACAAACUGGAACACAGGAGGUUCACUCUAAAUACCAGGAUGCAUCUCUGUGCUGCGCAGAUGAUGGAGCACAGAAACAAGUUUUCCACAGAGGCUGUGGGGUCUCCUUGGAGAUUUUCCAGAGCUGCUUGGAGAUGGACCUGGGCACCCUGCUCUGUGUGGGACAGAUCUGAGUUGUGGUUGCACCAGAUGGACCCAGAGGUCCUUUCCCACUUCCACCAUUCCGUGAUUCUAAUAGAAGGUGCAUCAGAUACUUUGUUUUCCAUACAUAAGAGAAAUAUCAGAUUUCUGUGCAAGUACUGGUGGCAGUAGUAGUGGCUAUGAAUCACACUUACGAAUUGGAAAGAAGAGUGUUGGUAUGAAAGUAAAUAUUAACAUCAAAGCCUUUCCUGACCAGUUUCUUCUUAUGUGCAUACACUGUGUUUCCCUACUUUGUGAUAAUGUAAUAUAAUAUAAAUAUAUUUUUUCUUACAAAAGUACUUCAGGCAAAAUUCUUUCUUUUAGAUAAAACUGAAUUUCCUUGUGCCCCAUUUACUUACCUCAAAAUAUACAACUAAAGUAACUUGAUGCACUUCAACAUAAUUGACACGUUUUCAACAGGCUGGAAAUUGCGGCAUAUAUCCUGUAGUAAUCUGGAAUAGCAAUUGGACACCAGGCAUGUUAGUUCAGAUUGCCUCAAGUGACAGUAAACACUAGUGAGUGACUGAAUGAAAAAACCCUUUUAACUGUAAUGGCAGCUGAGAUACUUGCCUCACAUGCAGACAUCAAGUCUUGAAUAAAAUCCACCUUUGGUCUCUAAUCUAAUGUAAUCUUCAACCUUUCCUCUGUAGACAAUACCUAUCAGUAGAGAUAGAUAGGAUCCCUUGCACUUACGAUAAUCAUGCAUCCAAAGAUGUGAUGAAUUGCUCCAUGUUGGUGCUGGUCUCAUUGACUGUGGAACAUUUAUUUACUAGUUCAAAAUAGGAAAGUUUGGGUCGUUAUAUUAGGAUGUAUGUUGCCUAAUUGGGGUUUUCUCCUGUGUAGGUGUUGGUACACAUUUACAUUUCUAAAUUCCCACUGCAGUCCAUGGAGGCCUAGGAAACAGUUCAUUUUAUCUUGGAAUAGCCUUCCUUAUUGGUCAGAGGAACUGACUGACAGAACUCACAGUGUCUUCAUUGAUUAUAACUGAGAUCAGGUAGUGCAUACAUAAAAACAUUUCAGACAAAGACAGGUAAUCUCAAAAUCCAAUUUGGGAUCUGUGUGCAAGCACACAGUGAAUAAAGUUAUCAUUAGUUCUGAAAUGCACAUUGCUCUUAGUAGCACUCAUCAGAGGAGAGGCAAGAGGCCAAUCAGCUUUUCUUUUGAUUUCAGAUAUAUGAGAUAAGAAAGAAGGCUGUUGUCACACUCCAGUUUGUGUUUCCUGACCUGACUACUGUGGAAAACAUUUCUGUUGUAGUUUAUUUGUGCAUCAAAUACACCACUAUCAAAGGUGUAAAGAUAUUAAACAUAGUCUUUUUUAUUACACAUACAGAAAAACUUCAAUGAAGCAUCAUAUUUUAACUGUUUUGCUUGCUUGCUGUAGUGUAACUUGCAGCAACAUAACAAAUGUGAUUAUUCUUCUAGUUUAAUUCAUGUUAACCAGCUAAUUCCUGAUGAUUUCUGAAGCUCAGUACCCAAGGCCUCAUAAAGUAGUAGCAUGAUAAACACCGACAAAUCUGAAUAGGGCUAUGAGAGAUGUAAAUAUUUUCUCUACAUUACAGAUAUAGGAGUUUACUUAAUCCGCUAGCAGUAGCAGUUUCUUUCUGACUUCUCUGAGUACUCAAAUUUGUAACCUGAAAGUCAAAAUUUGUUGUUUGACUUUCACGUAAAUUAGUCUUGGAACAGAUCAAUCUUGGUUUAACACUUGAUAACUCAGAAGAGUCAAAAAAAUUAUCAAAUUCCUAGUGUUGUUUUAGCUUAAUAAAACAUCACAACCAAUUGCUUAACCACAGAAGUGAGCAGCUGUCAUUCUACAUAUUCAUGGGAAGCAAAUCUGCAGUUUUUAUCACUGCAAAUUAAAAAUGAAAGAUCACUUUCAAGAGUCCAUGUGCAGAUACUUCUUCAACUAUCCUAAAAGAAGUUUAUGCUAAUAAUCAUUGCAUCAUAGAAUAGCUUGAGUUGGAAGAGACAUUAAAGCCAAUCCAGAUCCAAACCCUGUAAAGCCCGCUACUUGUUCACGCAGCCCUGGACCCCAUCCAGCUUGGUCUUGGACACUUCCAAGAAUGGGGUACCACAGCUUCUUGGGGCAGCCUGUGCCAGUGCCUUGCCACACUGAGUAAAAAACUUCCUCCUAAUGCCUAGCGAAUCCCCUCUUUCAGUUUAAAAUCUUUCCCCCUUGUCCUAUCAUGUCUGCUUGUGUAAAAAGUUGAUUUCUCUCCUGUUAGUAAUGUCUUUUUAAAUACCCAAAGGCCACAGUGAAUACUCCCUGAAGUUUCUUUUUUUUGCUGGGCUUAACAAGCCCAUCCCCAUUAGCCUUUUUCUUCAUAAGAAAGGUGCUCCAGCCCCCUGAUCAGUUUCUUGGCCUCCUCUGGACUCUAUCCAAAAGCUCCACAUCUUUCCUAUGCUGGGGGCCCCAGACCUGGGUGCAUGAGGGCAGAGCAGAGGGGCGCAAUCACCUCCAGCAACUUACUGACCAUCUCUUUUGAUGCAGUCCAAGUUACUGUGGCUUUCCAGGCUGCUAGAGCACACUAUUGGCUCAUGUUCAGCUUUUAAUCUAGCAGAACUCCCAAAUCCAUCUCCACAGUGCUGCUCUCAGUGAGCUUUUCUUUCAGUCUGCACUUACAUCUGGGAUUGCCUUGACCCCAGUGCAACAUCUUGCACUUGGCCUUGUUGAACCUCAUUCAAUUCAUGUGAGACCACUUUUCAAGUGUGUUCAGAUCCCUUACUAUGGCACCCCUUCUUCUAUCAUAUCAACUGCAUCACACAGCUUGGUGUCAUCUGCUAAGUCACUGAGGUUCGAAGACAGUUCCCUGGAGGACACUACUCAUCACUGCUGUCCACCUGAACAUAGAGCCGUUGACAACAAUACUUUGGUUGCUAUCACCCAAACAAUUCCUUAUCCACUGAAUAGUCCACCCAUCAAAUUAAUAUCUCUCUAACUCAGGGUAAAGGAUAGUGCAAUGUUCAGAGAAGGACAUGUUUCAAUACAUGACAUUUUAUCACAAGUGAUCAGAAUUUGUUGAAAUAAUACUUAAUUAUUAUUAGUGGAUUCUACUACUGUGAAUUUUCCUGAAUGGGAUAGUGCCCUGCAUGGUGUCCACAAAAUGAACUGGGAUAUUUAAUGUGCCAAACUCUGCUACCGAAUGAGUCCUGACAUAUGAACAAUAACUCAUGUCUGUUAAAGUAAGCUUUUGUACCAGGCAUUACUCCACAGAAUUACAUUUAAUUUAAUCUGAAAAUCAAUUAAGAGUAGAAAAAUUAAAUUAAUGUCAAUGGAUGCCGAAACCCCUACAGGUGGCAAUGUUUUAUUUUUCCCCAUAGCAAUGUAUCCAUUUACUUACAUAAAAUACUUUAAAUUAAUUUUAUCCCUUUACUUAUUGUGAUUCAAAGUCCAUUUUCCCUCAAUUUAUAUUUGAAGGAAAAAUAUAAAUGCAGUUUAAAAUAACUCCUCAUCAGUAGAAGUUAUAUGCUUAUAACAUGAUAUGAAAAUAUACCCAGGAAGAACAUACUUGUCAACGUGAGUUCUAUCUAGAAGAAGAGAUGUAAGGAAGACCCAGGUAACUGUGGGCCCAUGUCUUGAGUGAGCCUACAGGACAUGUGCGGAUCAGGCCCAGCCAGCAUGAGGCCUUAGAAAGGCAGGUCAUCCUGAUUGACCAACUUGAUUGAGUGACCCGCCUGGUGGACAAGAGAAAGACUGCCAAUGUAUUCUAUCUAGAAUUCACCAAAGCCUUUGACACUGUCUCCCACAGUAUUCUCUUAGAGAAGCUGGCAGCCCAUGGCUUGGACAGAUACACUCUUUGCUGGGUAAAAAUCUGGCUGGAGAACCAGGCAGAGAGUAGUAGUGAAUGGAAUUAAAUCCAGCUGGCAACCUGUCAUGAGUGGUGUUCCCUGGGGUACUGUUCAGUAUCUUUUUUGAUGUCCUGGAUGAGAGCUUAGAGAGAAUCCUUGAUAAGUUUGCGGAUGACAUCAAGCAGGAAGGAAGUGUCGAUUUGCCUGAGGGUAGGAAGGCCCUGCAGAGGGAUCUGGACAAGCUGGAUAGAUGGGCUGAGGUCAAUGGGAUGAAGUUCAACAAGACCAAGUGCCAGAUCCUGCACUUUGGCCACAACAACCCCAGGCAAACCUACAGGCUUGGGGCAGACUAGCUGGAAGACCGUGUAGAGGAAACAGACCUGGGGAUGAUGGAUGACACGUGAGUCAGCAGUGUGCCCAUGUGGCCAAGAAGGCCAAUGACAUCCUGGCUUAUAUCAGCAACAGUGCAGCCAGCAGGAGCAGGGAGGUGAUCAUCCCUCUGUACUCAGCCCUGGUGAGGCUGCUCCUUGAGUACCACGUUAAGUUUUGGGCCCCUCACUACAAGAAAGAUGCUGGGGCCCUGGAUUGUGUCCAGAAAAAGUCCAUUUUUGGUGUCUGCUCACAGAAAUGUUAAUUUCAAGGUCCUUUGCAGGCAAAACUCCAAAGUAUUUGAUGGUUGCAGAAUGAAACCUUGACACUGCUGCAUGAAUUAUUCUUUGAGAGAAUAAAGAAGAUGUAGAAAAUGAAACAGCAUUUUAAAAAUCAUAUUCUAUAUCUGAGAGAUAUACCUAGCCCUCCUCUGGACCCACUCUAACAGUUCCAUGUCCUCCUUGUGUUGGGGGCUCCAGAACUGGAUGCAGUACUGCAGGUGGGGUCUCAUGAGAGCAGAGCAGAGGGUCAGAAUCACCUCCCUCAACCUGCUGGUCACAUUUCUUCUGAUGCAACCCAAGAUACAGUUGGAUUUCUGGGCUGGGUGAUUCAUCAGCAAGUUUUUCCUGAUACCCAAACUAAGCUUUCCCUGGCAUAACCUGAGGCCAUUUCCCCUUGUCCUGUCACCUGUCACCAGUGAAAAGAGACCAGCCCCACACAACAGCCUCCAGACACAGAUUUCACUGCUUUUUAUUUUCUCCACAAAACACAGCUUGCUUUAUUAUUGUGAACACAAAAGAAGUUCAUGGAUUUUCCAGGCCCAGGAAGCGCUCAGGAAGUCCAUGUGGUUGCUGCUGCUCAGAAUGGUUUCUGGGAGGAUAAGACCACUUCAGUUGCUAAAAGUUUUGUGUCUCCUCUAUCAGAUACUGUCACUUUCCCAUCCUUCUCAUCUGCUGCUGACAGCAAAUUUCCAGGUCUAUCUGCAACUCUUCACUGCUCUAAUAUUGCUCCAUUUUUCAUGUCAGAAGUAGUUUGGUAGAGCAUUGUUUUGCCAGCCUUGAGGAGGGUGAUUUGUUUACAUUGCUGAGCAACCUUAAAAGCUGCCUGUACAUGUGACACAAAUAGCUUUCUAGGAAGGACGGCCUCAAAUUUCUCAGCCUUUCUCAGCCGUAUGGUGCAUGCCCCAGGUCCUUGACCUACUUGUUGAGCUCAGCUGGACUCACAGCACUAUACCAACAUCUAUUUUCCUUUGGGAAGCCUGUAACAAGGCACAGUACUCCAGAUGUAGUCCUGCCAGUGGUGAAUAAAGUGGCAGGAUCACUUCCCUUAACCUGCUGGACACCAUUUUCCUAAUGCAAUGCUCUUUGCUACAAUUGCAUGUUCCUGGCGCAUAGUCAGAUUCUUGUCCAUUGGGACCUACAGACCCUCUUUGGCACAGCUGCUUCAUAGAUACUUGGACCUCGCACUGUAGUGUUACAUGGUGUUAUUCCAUCCUCAGCGUACAAUCUUGUACUUGUUAAACUCCAUGAUGUUUAUUAAAACCUAUUUCUUCAGGGUAGCAAUCCAGCCAUUCAGAAUAUCGACCUCUUUCUCUAAUUUGCUGUUGUCCACAAACUUCCUAAGGGUGCACUCCAUUCCAUCACAUAGGUUGUUGGUGAGGACAUUAAGCAGUAUUAGUCCCUGAUCAAUACUGAUCUCCGAGGCACUUCCUUAGUUUCUGACCAACACAGAAGUGGACUUCACACCAAAGAUCACAACUCUUUGAGCUCACCCACAAAGCUGAUCCUCCACACACAUUUUUAUCUGCUUAUCCAGACCAUAUAUUACAAAUUCAGUGUUAAUGAGACUGGUUAUAAUAUAUUAACUGUUUGUGGAUACUUUAGCUUACUUGUGAUAAUACAUAAUGCACACAGCUAGUGAUCCCAAUUCUUUUCAAACAGUAAGUUCUAACAUAGUCUUCAGUCAACUGCAGCCUUUUUGUCAUGCUUUGAUCACUGUGUUAUCAGAAAUCAAUGCAAAUUCGGUGUUCAUAGGGUGAGACACAUGCAAAAGUUCAUUAUGCUUAUUUGACAGCUUUACACAAUAGCACAUCCGUAAACAUGGAUUUCAAGAAAUUUUACAUCAUUAAUCAUGGGAUAUCAAAAUAUUUUUCCCUUUAUUAUGAAGUGACACUAAAACUGUGUCACAGCUACGUCUAGAAAGUCUAUUCUGCUGCUAAAUUUCAAGCAGACAUUUACUGUUUUAGAGUAUUUUGCAUAAUUACCAGAUAGGAAGUAUCAAAAAGCUAUUGCAGCUACUAAUCCAGAUAUACUUGGGCCAUUGGUUACAGUACCCAGCUUUCAGCUAGAAAUACAAACAGAACACAGUGGUUCUAAUAGCUCUGCUUUGUGUGCAUCGUAAAUUGAAAUGGCAUUCAAGUCAUCCACAUUAAAACACAUUAUGCAUGCUGUUUGUGUUUUUUUUCAGAUUUGGUUGUAUGGAAAACAUCUUUAUUUAUUUGUUUGUUUGUUUAUUUUAAAGACAGUGUUGCAUACACAGACACAAUCAUCCAAAUGCAUUACUUGCAAGAGACCAGGUUGUUUCAAGCAUCAUUUCUUUGAGGAAUAGUUAUACAGAUUCUGGAGUUUGAUGUUCUGUUUAAUUCUUCAGCUAUUUUACAAAAAGGUACAUUAACUCAAGGAACAAUUUAUUCCAACAUUUUAUUAUUUUUUUUUCAUUGUUGAAAAAGUAUUGUUUGAAUUGAACUGGAAUAUAUGAAUCAAAAAUGGUGUUAUUUGAAAGAACGUCAUGUGCUGCCAAUGCACUUGGUUCCGAGUCCCCUCAGUCUACCAAAGAAGGGCCAGGGCUUUGUUGCAACGAAGCUUUCAUCCAGUGCUCUUUUCAACCUGUUAUAUUCUCCCUCGUGCUCAUUUGCUUGGAACUAGGAAGGGAUUUUACAGCAAACUUGAAUGUGGCUCUCUCAGUUAAAUUAAUUAAAAAUCAUACCAGCUAUCAUACCAAAACAGUGGUAUUUUUCAUCAUUUCUUAAUAUAAAUCAUUUGCAGUUGCAUAAAUCACCAACAAAAUGAAUACAAAUUAUAACCCUUCCCUUAUUACCUACAGAUUCCCAGGAUUUUAUUGAAAUGUUAAGAAUGGGCAGGUCUACUAGAUAGAAGAUAGAAGAAUACCUUUUGAGGUCAUCCACCAUGCUCAAAAAUACUCUUUCCUCCACUUCUGCAAUUCAAUCAAUUCUGUAUGUCUUUAUUCAGUAUGCAAAAGACAAAGAACUUAUCUUUUGUUCCUGUUAAGUACUGUAUCUGUGUUAUUCAGAUCUCUUCCAGGAAGGCAGUCUGUAAUGAAAAGGGCGGCUAAAUGUCAGCAUUCUAUUUAUGAUUUCCUUAAAAACUGUAAAGGCAUUGCAUGUUACGGGAACCUCCUAGACACCAUGCACUGUGCACAUCCUAUUACCUGCACAAACUGAACACUCUCCAGAGCAGUAGGAAUCUGUUAAUGUGAUGAGUACCACGUGGCUGGCUGAAAAACAAAGACAGGUAAGCAGAUUUUCUGCCUUUCUUUCCUCUUUGCACUGCUCUCUGCUGACACUACAAAUCACACUGCUUUAGAGAGCAGAGGACUUGGUAAGAGGUCAAAUCAUUCUGCUCACUGGGACAAAUUUACUGUGAGCUAAAUGGUCACAGCGACAACAUAUUUCUGGUGAUAAGACUAUCAUUCUCAUCACAAUUACAAAUAUCGGCACCUCAUAGUCUCUGCUGAGCUUCUCACACCCUGCCCUGGGAGGCAGGAAAAUAUCUAAAAGACCUGUUCCAUAAACCAUCCCAGAUUGCUCUGAAAAUGGCCUAUGAUGGCCUUAGUGCUGUCACUAACAUUUUUAACAUGAGACUACAUGCUAAAGAAAGCAAGUAACUAUCCUGGCAGUAGAAAUAAAACCAAAAGUGUUAGAAAUAACCAGACUAAAAAGGAGAUCUUUUGGUUGUUUUGUUUGUUUGUUUUUUCUUUUCUUUUUUUCCAGUUUGGAUGGGAUACUUUGAAGGUAGUGAUGAGCAGAUAAAUAAUUCAGUAUUUUUCUUGGCUCCAUGGGAUAUGUGAAGUAGGGAGUAUUGCCUCAAUAUCUUGGAAGUGUUAUUUUUCUCUGUGUAGACAAGGCUCUUCAUGUUCAAGGCAAAGAAUAGAGCCAGAACUUCUGCCAGCUUUUAUUUCUGCCUUCCUUGAUUUUCUGUACUGGGAUCCUGAUCUCUGCUCCCACACAUCCCUAAGGGCAUUCCAUAGCUUCAGGCAUUUGUAGUCUGUACUGGUGCAGCUGGAGAGAGGAUGGAGGCUCUACACUGUGCAGUUCCUCAUACCUAGUGAUUCAAAGGCACUUGAAUGUUUCUGGGAUCUCUGCUCCUCUCUGGUCCUCUAAUGCCUGUGGGUAAAGGAAGACACAGUGCAAAGAUGCUGUGAGAAUUUGGUAUAGUGGCCAUGUGAUACCAUCAGUAAAUAUAAAAGAUAGCUCUUAUGUUAUAAAAGACUUAUUUAUUUAGAUGCAGAGCCCCCACAGGUUUUACAGGGGAUGCAGUUAGGAAAUCACAGAAUCACUGAACCAUAGGGAUUGGAAGGGAACUCCAGAGAUUGAGUCCAACCUCCUGAUAAAGCAGGUUUCCUAUAGCAUGUCACACAGGAAAGCAUCCAGAAAGUCCCUGAGUGUCUCCAGAGAAGACUCCUCAGCCUCUCUGGACAACUUGUUCCAGUGCUCUGUCACCCUCACAGUAAAGAAUCAUAGAAUUACCAAGGUUGGGUAAUUUGGACCUUCAAACUCAUCCAGUCCAAACAUCACCCUAUAAAAAAUAUUUCCUACUAAAUCACAUCCCUCAGUACAAAAUCUAAUCAUUUCUUUAACAUACCCAGGGAUGGUGU